GAAUAUGGAGAGUGGAUUCCGGUGAAGUAUUGUGAAUGUGGGCAACGAAUGAAGAUGUUGACAACUUGGAAACCAGAGAACUGUGGGAGAAGAUUUUGGAAAUGCAUUGGAAGUCAGAGAUUUGAAGGUUGUGGUUUGAUGGAGUGGUUUGACCCUCCGAUGUGCAAAAGGUCUCAAAAAAUAAUCCCAGGAUUACUGAAAAAACUGAAUGGCUAUGAAGAAAAAAUCCAUUCAUUGGAAUUGAAGGUUGAAACAUUGGAGACAAACUGGUUCAAACCACAGAAGAAGAAGACAAAACGUAGUAACUGCAUUACAGUAGUGUGCUUUAUGUGUGUUGUGGUUAUUAUUGUUUCAGUGUGGUUGAAAGGCAAAUAAUGUAAUGUAGUGAGG